AUUAAAUCUUAUAAAAUUGAUAUUUUGGUCCUAUAUGGCUAUAUAUUUAGAUCGUGAGCUACUUGGAUCCACAAAUUAUGCAAUUGGUCUUAAUACGUUUGAAUUUGUUAAAAUUGGUUCCAGAUAACAUUGAAGUAGCUGGGAAUGCUAGUGCUAAUUCACAUUUCAUAGCUUUCUUAUUAGUACAUAGUUUGUAAUUUUAACAUUUGAAUUGAAGGAAUAGAAGCUUCCAAAUUUUACAAUGUUAUGUGUCAUUUGAUAUCCAAUAAAUUAGUAUCAUAGCUACAAAAGUAAAAAAAUAUUAAUAAAAAAUACAGAAUUAGAUAAUAAAUAAUUGAUUAUAAAAAUGUUAAAAAGGAACAUAAUAAAGGAAAAUAUUACAAUCCAUUCUUGGGGAAGCCAACGUUUCAUUUAUAUUUUCCGCCCAAUGAAAUGAUGUCAAUGGCUCAGACACGCCUUUUGUUGUGGUGUCCCUUCAGACCUUACAAAAAAACAACAUUUAUUUUAUAUAUUAAUAAAAAAAAAGGGUAACCACUCCAAGAGUAGAGUAUGAGUAUAUAUAAAGGGCAAUGGCCAAUGAAGCUGAACUCUUAGAUCAGCUAUAGUAUUAUUCUUUCUUCUUUGUGAAAAUUGGAAUGAAGUGGGAAUUAAUGAAGAAGAUAUACCCCAACGGGAAUGGGUUCAGCCGGAGCCCUUCCCCUUCUUCUUCUUCCGGUUGCAGCGAUGAUGAUCCAAUGGUAGUCCUAACAGUAUGGAAGAAAUCGUUGGUUCUCAACUGCGAGGGAUUCACCGUAUUUGAUGCCAAUGGGAACCUUGUCUAUCGGGUUGACAAUUACAUCAACAGCCCUCGCAGAGUUGGGGUAUCCAAUUUCAAUGAGAUCUUCCUUAUGGAUGCCUUGGGAAACUCUAUUCUCACCAUCCGCCGCCAACGCAAGAAGCUGGACAGCAGCAACUGGUUUUUGUACGACGGCGAGACCACUGAUAAUCCGAGGUUUACGGCGAAUCGCUGCUGCUGCAGUGUGUAUGAUGAGAAGCGGAGGAGGCGAGUGGCAGAGCUGAAACCCAAGGAAACUUGUGUCAAAGGCCUCGCUUUUGGUGCCGAUGUUUUCCAAUUGCUUCUGUUCCCUGAUUUUGACCCCUCGCUUGCCAUGGCAAUUAUCCUUGGCUGCUCGCGUGUGGCCUCGGUGGCUGAACGGACACAAACAGGGGAUCGCUGGCUCAACGAUUGCGGACGAAGGCUCCUGCGGCGGCGUGCGGUGCUCGCAGGAUACGAUGGCUGGCUGUCGGGGCGCGGUUGUUCAUGGCGGUGGCUCUCGCUGGUCGCUCGCUUCGGCUCGCGGUUUCUUGUCACGUCGGGAAAGUCGGACGUGGAUUUUGAAAGUGGUGCAAUGUCAUUUCCAUCCAUAUUUGCUUGCUGUAGGGCGCUUCUCUUAGAUGGUCUCCACGAGGAUCUGAACCAUGUGAAAUGUAAACCUUGUGUCGAAGCUGAUGGCCGUCCAGAUGAAGAAGUAGCU